AUGGAAGUCGAAUUAGCAGAAAUUCCAAGUGAUAACGAGUCAGUUGAUGGAUUGUGCAGCUCCGAUGAUGAUCUUGAAGAGAAUGACCUUACUAAUAGUAAGGAACGUAGAAGAAAUACUGUUGACAACAAUGAUGUUGAUGACGAGAAUGAUUUUGAUGAAGAUGACGAUUAUUCAUUAGAAGUAAGAGAAAAAUGGAAAAGAGUAAGUAAACCGAAAGCUGAUCUACCGUUUACGAAAGAUUGUGGGCCAAAUAUUCCGGAUGCGGUAUGUUCUCCAAUCGAGAUAUUUUUUUGCUUAUUUCCCGAAUCACUUAUUAAUCUCCUAGUUGAACAAACUAAUAUUUACCUGUUGCAAAAAAGAGGUAAGCAAAAAGAAGUAAAUCAAACCGAACUACUAACUUUUUUAGGAAUUAACAUUUUAAUGGGAAUUAAAAGACCUAAAUCAUAUCGCGAUUGCUGGUCGAUGAAUCCUCAAUUGCAUGAUCAUUAUAUAAGUGAAUUAAUGACAGUAAAUCGGUUUGGAUUUUUUCUUAGCCAUUUGCAUUUAAGCGACAACACAAAGGAACCUACAAGAGGAAGUCCAGAAUAUGAUAAACUUUAUAAGAUACGUCCUUUGGUGACAACGUUGAAUGAGACAUUCAAGAAAUAUUACUUACCGAAAAAAAACCAGGCUGUUGACGAAUCAAUGAUUAACUUCAAGGGAAGAAGCAGUAUGAAGCAAUACAUGCCAGCGAAACCGGUAAAACGAGGUUAUAAGUGUUGGGUACGUGCAGAUGAAUCUAGUUAUGUUUGA